UCUACGCUGGCCGCGGUGGACGCGCGACAGGACUCUGUUGUUAAGGGACUGUUCGCCCUGAAUGUGGUCAUUUGGAGACUCGGAGUUUACUUUUCUCACAAAUUUGACAGCGUAUUUACGCCCUGUCCCAGGUGAGGCCGACCGCUCUUGCAGAGCGAGAGCAACCGCCAGGCGGAGAUUCGGUUCCGGUGCGGUGACGAUCCCGCCCUAGGGAUCAAAACGACCCCACCCCAGGUGAGACCUGCCAUCCUAACAACCCGCUUCUGGAAAAGCCUGGCUCCUGGACGGCCGACCCCACCCCAGGGUAACCCCGCCUCUGCACAGCCCCUGGAACAGCGCUGCAUAUGGACAGUCCCGCCCCUGGACAGACCCGCCUCUGGACAGACCCGCCUCUGGACAGACUCGCCUCUGGGUAGACCCGCCUCUGGACAGACCCGCCCCAGGACAGACCUACCUCUGGACAGACCCGCCUCUGGACAGUCCCGCCUCUGGACAGACCCGCCUCUGGGUAGACCUGCCCCUAGGAAGUCCCCGCCUCUGGACAGCCCGCCCCUGAAGCAGCCUCUCCGCUGGUUAGCCCCACAUCUGGAUAGCCCUACCUAUGGGUAGACCCGCCUCUAGAUAGCCCCGCCUCUGGACUGCCCAACUUCUGGAGAGCCCAGCCACCGGAUGGCCCCGCCGCUGGACAGCUCCGCCUCUGGAUAGGUCAUUUCUGGACAGAUACCCCUCUGGACAGUACCGCCUCUGAACAGCCCGCAAAAGGACAGCCUGCACUGCUAAAGGCUGACCAUCAGAGGGCUCAAUCUCUGGAUGGCCCACCACCGGGACAUCCCCGCCUCUGGACAGCCCCUCUCCCCCAUCACAGACCACCUCUAGGAUAGGCCCGCCUCUGGACGCCCCGCCUCUGGACAGCCUCCCUGCAGCACAGCCCGCCUCCAGGAUAGCCUCGUCUCUGGAUAAUCACGCCUCAGGAUAGCCCGCCUGAGACUGCCCCGCCUCUGGACAGCCCCCAACACAGCCCCGCCCCAGAACAGCCACGCCUUUGGACAGCCCUGCCCCGGGACAGCCCCACGUCGGAACAGAUGGACCCUGGAACCGCCCUGGCCCAGGACAGCCCCGCCUCUGGAAAGCCCCACUGCGCCUCUGCUGCUGCAGCCUACCCCGACCUGGGCGAAGAAGUCAGCUGGUAGAACCAUGGCACCAACUCCUGAUGCUGCUUUCGAGACCCUCAUGAAUGGAGUGACCAGCUGGGAUAUCCCCAAAGGCCCCAUCCCCAGUGAGCUCCUUCUUAUUGGAGAGGCCGCCUUCCCAGUGAUGGUGAAUGACAGGGGCCAGGUUCUCAUCGCUGCCUCCUCCUAUGGCCAAGGCCGCCUCGUGGUCAUGUCCCAUGAAGGCUACUUGUUACAUGCGGGCUUGGCUCCCUUUCUCCUCAAUGCAGUGGGCUGGCUCCGUUCCUCCCCUGGGGCUCCCAUUGGAGUGCACCCAUCCCUGGCAUCACUAGUAAACCUCCUGAAGGGCUCCAGGGUUGAGGCCCAGAUUGAGCCAGAGCCUAGAGAGGCCCUGGGUGUUUACUGCACCAGUGCCUACAAUAAUGGCUUGACCGAGAGGCUGGUCCAGUUUGUGAAACAGGGAGGGGGCUUGCUGAUCGGGGGCCAGGCCUGGUAUUGGGCCAGUCAGCAUGGCCGUGACAAGGUGCUGUCCAGCUUCCCCGGGAACCAGGUGACUAGCAUGGCUGGAGUAUACUUCACUGACAUCCAUGGGGACAGAAGCCACUUCAAGGUCUCCAAGAAGGUGCCCAAGAUCCCGCUGCAUGUCGGGUGUGGGCAGCAGCUUAGGCAGGACCAGCAGCAGCUCCUGGAAGGGAUCUCGGAGCUGGACAUCCAGACAGGGGGAGUCCCCUCACAGCUAUUGGUGCACGGGGCCUUGGCCUUCCCUCUGGGGCUGGAUGCCUCCCUCAACUGCUUCCUGGCAGCUGCCCACUAUGGCCGUGGCCGGGUGGUUGUGGCUGCCCAUGAGGGCAUGCUCUGCACUCCCAAGAUGGAGCUUUUUCUGCUCAAUGCUGUGCGCUGGCUGGCCAGAGACCAGAAGGGCAAAAUUGGGGUGAACCCAAGUCUAAAAGAUCUGCAUGCCCUACUAUUGAAGCACGGCCUGCAGUGCAGGUUGGAGUCCCAUCUGACCAGUGACUUAUGUGUGUACUGCUGCAAGGCUUACAGUGACAAAGAGGCCAAGGAGCUCCAGGAGUUUGUGGCCGAGGGUGGGGGACUGCUGAUCGGAGGUCAGGCCUGGUGGUGGGCCUCCCAGAACCCAGGCCGCUCUGCCUUGGCUGCUUUCCCUGGCAAUGUCAUCCUCAACUGCUUUGGCCUCAGUAUCCUGCCUCGGACUCUCAGCCCAGGCUGUUUCCCUGUCCCCACUCCUGAGAUGAGGAGCUACCACUUCCGUAAGGCAAUGUCCGAGUUCCGGACUGUGUUGAACCACGGUACUGAGAACCUGGAAAAGAGCCACUUGGCAAAGCUGGGAGUAGAUGGGGCAGCCUUCCUCCAGAUUCCUGCCCAGGGGGUUCCUACUUAUGCCUCCUUACACCGGCUCCUGAGGAAGACGCUGCAACAGGCAGGCCUCCCAGCUGUGAGCAAGGAAAAGCCGGUUGCCCGUGACUCCUGUGAGGCCACCAUGCUCUGUCUGGCCACAGAGUUGGCACACUCUGGGACCGACUGCUCCCAACUGGCUCAGGGCCUCGGCACACAGACCUGCCCCUCCAGGAUGCAGGCUUCAGCAGACCCCAUCACUGUGGAGAUCAAUGGGACUAACCCAGGCCAUGAGGACUCCUGGGUGAGCACCGGGCUCUACCUCCUGGAAGGACAAAAUGCAGAAAUCUCCCUGCCUGCGGCUGCAGCCUCUGCUGGCCUGAAGGUUCAGGUUGGCUGCCACACGGAUGACCUGAGCAAGGCUAAGAAGCUCUCCCGAGCCCCUGUGGUGACUCACCAGUGCUGCAUGGACAGGACCCAACGGUCAGUCUCCUGCCUCUGGGGUGGCCUCCUCUAUGUCAUCGUUCCCAAGGGCAGCCAACUUGGCCCUGUGUCUGUCACCAUCAAGGGGGCUGUGCCUGCCCCGUACUACAAGCUGGGUAAGACAUCCCUGGAGGAGUGGAGGAGCUGUGUCCAGGAGAACCCGGCUCCCUGGGGAGAGCUGGCCACAGACAACAUCAUCCUGACAGUGCCCACUGCAAACCUCCAGGCCCUGGGGGACCCCGCGCCUGCCCUCCACCUCUGGGAUGAGAUGAUGCAGUCUGUAUCCCGGCUGGCGGCCCAGCCUUUCCCUUUCCGCAGACCUGAGAGGAUUGUGGCUGACGUGCAGAUCUCAGCUGGCUGGAUGCACUCAGGGUACCCCAUCAUGUGCCACCUGGAGUCCGUGAAGGAGCUCAUUGAUGAGACAGUCAUCAGAAGCACAGGUCUGUGGGGAGCCAUCCACGAGCUGGGCCACAACCAGCAGCGACCUGGGUGGGAGUUCCCUCCCCACACCACCGAGGCCACCUGCAACCUCUGGUCAGUCUAUGUGCAUGAGACAGUCCUGGGGAUCCCCAGGGCUCGGGCCCACCCUGCUCUGAACCCCGCAGAACGAGAGAAGAGAAUCAAGGCACAUGUGGGAAAGGGAGCCCCGCUGAGUGACUGGAAUGUGUGGACAGCUCUGGAAACAUAUCUACAGCUCCAAGAGGCCUUCGGCUGGGAGCCCUUCACCCAGCUCUUUGCUGCGUACCAGACCUUCUCUGGCCUCCCCAAAGACAACGUGAGCAAGAUGAAUCUGUGGGUGAAGAAGUUCUCUGAAACAGUGCAGAAGAACCUGGUUCCUUUCUUUGAGGCCUGGGGCUGGCCUGUCCAGCAGGAAGUGGCUGAUAGCCUGGCCUGCCUGCCCUGUUGGCAGGAAAACCCCAUGAGCAUAUACAGUGGCACCAGGAGGUAAAGGGCAUGUAGCAGCCAGGAGGGACACGAGGAACUGUCACUCCACCAACCCCAGAACCACCGUGUGGCUGGAAUCUCCCAGUGUCUUACAGAGGGUCCUGCUUCCCAGCCUGCCUUCCAGAUGGUGGUCAAGGUCAGAAGCCAAAGCUGAACCAGCUUCCUCAGGAAUGUACCUGUGUUUUUGUUUUUUCUAUUCUUUGGUUUGUUUUUUCCUCCUAUUUCCAUGCUCAGCAGCAGCCUCACUUAACCAUCAGCUCCAGCAGAGGGUUCCCCCUUGCCAUCCUGAGGCAUCUAUUUUCCACCAGUAGUUCCAAAGACCAGGGGUUCCCAUGAGAACCUGAUAUCGUGCCUUCAAACCUGCUGUCCCCAACCAAGGCCCCAAUUCUUUGUGCUUUGAGAAGCUUUCUAAUAGCAAGAGAGACAGGUGGUGGCGUGCUGAGAGUUCUAAGCUGCUUGGUUCAAUGCCUUCCUACUGGCUCCUACUGGAUAAUUGUGGCCAUGUUUGUGCACAAUCACAUUCUGCAAAUGUAGGGGUGGACUUUGCUUUCUUGCUGUCACACAGUGGUCUGUCAAUCCAGUGUAGUGUGGACAUUCCGAGCACUGAAUCACACGUUGGUGUCGACCCCCCAUGAGGUUAGCCUUCCGUUCUUGUAGAAAGACAUUUAGAGAAUAUCAAAGUUGCUCCCCGACGUGGUCUCAGUAAGGAUUAUUGCUGUUAUCUGAACCCAGCCUACACUUAUUUCUCCCACCUCUGGAUGGAUUCUCAGGUAUAACUAACCCAAAGAAAAAUGGCGUCCACUCUAAUAAAUGGUACAGAGCUA